AACACGUGUUUUGCUCCGUGAGGGUUCGCGAUGUGGCAGGACGUCGUGUCCACAAGACUUGUUCGUUGCGGCCACGCAUCGGCAGCGGUGGGACCCCUGGUGUUCACGUUCGGAGGCUAUUCGCUCGUAGUCGAUGCUCACCUGUCGUCUGAGAAUACUUCGUUGCCGCCCAUGGAGGUUUUUGUCUACGACACCAGGAGCGGUGAGUCGGUCGAGCUGCCAACGCCGGCAGAGGGAAGCGAGCAGUACCGCGAGGUGCCACGGAGGCGUCUAGGGCAUUCGGCUGUCGUCUUUGAAGACAGCAUUUUUGUGUGGGGAGGCCAGAUUGUG